CACACACACACACACACUCCUCCUCCACACUGCGGCAUGAAACAGAAACGCACACUCUGGCGCUGCUUUCUGGCAAGUUUGUAAGAAACUUGUGCUAAGCAGCUCGUUCACCCGGACAGAGAUCGGAGUGUAGACUCUCUCUCUCUCUGUGUGUCUCUGUUUCUCUCUCUCUCACUGUCUCUCUCUCUCUCUCUCUCUCUCUCUGGAAGUGGUCAUGGGGCUGGUGCUGAGGAGCUGGGUGGCGAACGAGGCAGCCAAACACUGCGUUCUGGUGUUGUGGUUGGCCAUCAGCGUUUGGCUCUUCUGGAGAACGUUCUCGCUGUACUCCAGUGGGCCGCAGUACUACUACCUCCACCAGAUGCUGGGGCUAGGACUGUGCAUCAGCCGAGCGUCAGCGUCCGUUCUGAACCUGAACUGCAGCCUGGUGCUGCUGCCCAUGUGCAGAUCUGUACUGACCGCACUGAGAGGAACACAGCGGGUGAACAGUAGAAAAGCUCGGCGGUUGUUGGAUAAGAGUAAAACCUUCCACAUGGCCUGCGGAGUGGCCAUCUGCAUCCUCUCAGUUGUUCAUGUCAGUGCUCACCUGGUCAAUGCUGUCAGAUUUUCAGUCAGGUACUCAGACGAUUUCCCCGCCCUGAACUUAGCACAACACCAGGGACAGGAUCCCCGUGUUCUCAUCCUGACCACAGUUCCUGGGAUCACUGGAGUUUUAUUGGUCCUCAUUUUGUUCCUGAUGUUUACAGCUUCUUCUUACAGUAUACGGGUUUGUAACUAUGAGAUUUUCUGGUACACUCACAACCUUUUCAUCCUCUUCUACGUUAUACUGAUGGUGCACGUGGUCGGAGGGGCUGUAAAGUACCAGUCAAAUGUGGAAGCCCACCCACCUGGCUGCAUAUGGGUCAAUCAAACAAAAGCAAGCUCAGACAUGUGGUCCAAUCAGGAGCCAGAGGGAGAAACAGAGGAGGGGUCAAAGGAAACUUCAAUAAUUGUGUGCAGGGAAGACGCUCACUUUCAGCCUCACUUUCCUCAGACGUGGCUGUGGGUGUCGGCCCCGCUCUGCCUGUACUGUGUGGAAAGGCUGUAUCGCUGUAUCAGGGGCAGCGCUCCGGUCACUGUAGUUUCCGUCGUUAGGCACCCCUGUGAUGUCAUCGAGGUGCGCAUGCUGAAGAGUGGGUUUAAGGCUCGGCCUGGACAGUACAUCUUACUGAACUGCCCGAGUGUGUCAUCCUUUGAGAACCAUGCGUUCACUCUAACUGCGUGUCCAACACAGAACAAAGAGACAUUUGGAAUUCAUAUUCGAGUUGUUGGAGACUGGACCGAGUGUUUUUCCCAGCUGCUGUUUCCUGAGAUGGAACAUUCAGAGAUUCUUCCCAUGAUGCAUCAGCGCAGAUACCCCAAGCUGUAUGUGGACGGUCCAUUCGGCACUCCAUCAGAGGAAGUGUUUAAUUAUGAAGUGAGUGUGUGUGUGGCCGGAGGAAUCGGAGUUACACCUUUCGCCAGCAUCCUGCACGCUCUGCUUGAUGGCUGGCAUCAGUAUAAGCUGCAGAGGCUGUAUUUUGUGUGGGUGUGCAGAGACCUACAGUGUUUGUACUGGUUUGCUGAACUGCUGUGUGGCCUCCAUCACAAGCUGUGGGAGGAAAAUCGUCCCGAUUAUCUAAAUAUUCGUCUCUUCCUCACCAACACACACGAACUACAGAACCUGACAGAGGAAAAGUAUCAACCCCUCAACUCCCGCCUCGUGAUUGGUCGACCCAGGUGGAAGCUCCUUUUUCAGGAGAUAGGACGAUUCAAUCAGCAUAAGAAGGUGGGCGUGUUCUGCUGCGGUCCUAAAGGUGUCUCCAGAGAGUUACACAAACUCUGCAACUCGUUCUCCACAUCAGGAACCGUGUUUGAGUACAACAAAGAGUCGUUUAGCUGAGACGAACAAACUGACAGAAUGGCAGCAAAUAAAACCAGCUUCACCUCCAUCAGCAGGAAGAGAACAGAGGGAGAAAGAAAGAA